AUGGAAUGUGAAGAAGGAAAUCACGAAAAAGAAGAAAAAGAAAGCAGUUCCCAUUCGUCUCCCCAAGAACAUAAAUCUUUUGCUGAAUUUGCAAAGGAUAAAUUGGACAGUGCUGGCAGGGAGCUCCGCAGACGCCUCCCGAUGGCCGGCCAGAUCGGCGCACACCUGAUGCAUCCGCGUCGGCUGCUGCUGCACUCGACGCCCACCCAGCAAACGGAUGUGGUGCUCAUAUUUCCCAAAGGCCUCCCGGACAGCAUGCUACUGUGGCUUCUGCAGAAGCUUCGCGGCAGCCGGCCCCGGCUGCGAGUCUGCGUCAGACAGCACGCCUCUUCACAGUGUUCCGCCUUCUACAUAACCGCCGACGAUGACGUCUUGCUACAGACGGCGGAAGAAGUGCACCUGCCGAAGCUUCUCAAGCCGGAGUUCGGUGGUGGCUACAAAGAGUUCACCGUCAGAGAUAUGCACUGUUUCAAAAAGGGCACCACGGCAUCCGAGCUGCUGAACUCGCAAGAGCGAGGCGCUUUGGUGAAACACGUGCUGGAGUCUGCCCGCGCCGAGCCUGGGGACGAGCACGCCCUGGAACCAGCGUUGACUCUAAGACCUGGACAGAGCAUAGUGCCGGCUUGCGUUAGCAGGGGCGUAAUAGCGAGCAUGUUCCCGCUACACGACAGAGUGGCGCUCGAGGGCCUGCGACAGAAAUGGGUUAAAAGUCUUUUCUCGCCGCAGCCUCUAGAUGAAAUAAGCGAUUAUUUCGGUGUGAAAAUAGCUAUGUAUUUCGCAUGGCUCGGCCACUACACGCAAUCCCUAACGGUGCCAGCAGUAGUGGGAUUCAUAUUCUGGAUUUGGCUGGGAACAGCGAACGACAGCUGGAAGGAUAUCGCUUACGUGCUGUUCUCCCUUUUCAAUGUUUUGUGGGCGUGUGUCUAUUUGGAAACGUGGAAAAGAUAUUCGAACGUUUUAGCGUAUAGAUGGGGUACGUUGGAUCAGAGGGACGAGUUGUUGGCAGAACCGAGGCCGUUGUUUCAGGGCGAGAUGGGUAUAAGUGCGGUGACGGGGCGGCCGGAGCCGCAGUACGCGGCGUGGCGCCGCCGCGUGUGGAGGCACUGCGUCUCGCUGCCGGUCAUGCUGCUCUGCCUCAGCUUCGGCGCGGCGGCCACCUUCGCCUCGUUGCGUGCGCAGGAUUGGUGGGAGAAAACACUAGUCUACUUUAGCUGGAUUCCGCGCGCAUUAUUAGCAAUCAUAAUAGCAGUUGAAGAAGAGGUCUAUGCUAGAAUCGCAAGAUGGUUGAACGAUAAAGAGAACUAUCGGCUCGAGACGAAGUAUGAGAACCAUCUGAUUGUGAAAAUCGCAUUGUUUCAAUUCGUGAACUCAUUCAUGAGUUUGUUCUACAUUGCAUUCUAUCUUCAGGACAUGGAUAAGUUGAAAGAGCAAUUAGCCGUUCUUCUCAUAACGAGACAGAUAAUCGGAAACUUGAAGGAAUCUGUUCUUCCGUAUCUGAUCGAAAAUUUGAGACUGGCCAAGAUUUGCGUGGACGUGUUCGGUGCGAUAAGCCCCAGUAAAAUUCCGACGUCUACGCAAAUAACGGAAAUGUUCGAGAAGCGAACCUGCUCCAGCGGGGAUCCCCCCGAGGCGAUGGUCAACGGCGCUGCUGAGAAGGAGAGGAGGGACUCUGAACCGGUCGUCGGUCAAAAAGUCAUUCACCAGGCAGAGCUGGAAUCGCAGCUGUUCAAGUACGAGGGCACGUUCGCCGAGUACCUGGAGAUGCUCACCCAGCUCGGGCACGUGGUGCUGUUCUCGGCC